UCAGUUAUUUAAAGACAUUUGAAAGAAACAAACGAAAUAUUGAAAAGCAAACUUCGUAAAAUAUGUUUCAACUGAAAUCGCUAAUCUUGUUAAUGGUGUUGCUGAUAGCUGCUACAAAUGGACAGCUAAACAACAACAAUACAACUCUACGACCCGAUGACUAUGUCAAUAUGAUAAGACAACAAUAUGCCUUAAAUAUUCAAAAUUUCGAUAUACAAAUGGAUUUAUUUAAACAAACCUAUGCAGCAAGUCUUGAUACCCUUAACAGACAAAUGAGUAUGCUGAGCGAUAGUAUUGUGCAAACUGAAAAUAAAUUAAAAUCUCUAGAAGUUGUAAGUCCACAGGGUAAGAAAUGUGUUAAUAAAUAUCGACUUUUACUACCAACUACUAGUAGUAUUCAAAGGAACAUGAUGGACUGUAAAAACUCCUACAAAAACAAUGUUUCUAACUUAUUGGCUAAACCUCUUAAUACUAGAAAUUCUCUACAAAACUAUUAUAAAAAUUCCUUCGAAAGAGAUGUUAAUAUUUGCAGAAGGACAUAUAACACCCAGCCCUUGAACUACACCACAUGUGUUAUAAAAGUGGUAACCGAUACCGAUAAAUAUACUAUUGAAAAACAAAAGACAUUCUCUAAUCAAAUGGAUGCUGCUCAGUGUUCGGGAAAUGAUAAUAUAAAGCAAACUUUGGAUUGCAGUUAUACGACUGAAACUCGUACAAUCGUUGCUCUCGCAGAAACUAAUAUAUUGGUCAACAAGUGUAUAGAUGGACAAGAUGAAUGUAAAUCAUGCAAUCAAUCUGUUUAUACAUGUUCAGAUGUCGACUAUAUCCAUCGCUCGGAUAUAAGUUAUACUAGUCAUGUUAUGAAUAAUCCAUUUUAUAGACGUUAUGAUGUUACAAAUUGUUUAAUGUUGAAAAUUAUAAAUAAUUAGAAAAUUUAAAAUUGUAA